UUGACCCCUAUUUUUCUUUUCUUAUUACAGGCCCUAACUCUGCGCAGAGACGCCGAGGUCGUCAGACGUACAGUCGGUACCAGACACUGGAACUGGAGAAGGAGUUUCAGUUCAACCACUACCUCACCCGGAAACGGAGGAUAGAGAUUGCGCAUGCGCUGUGCCUCACGGAGCGGCAGAUCAAGAUCUGGUUCCAGAACAGGAGGAUGAAGCUGAAGAAGGAGAAGCUGGCUAUCCAGGAGCUGAACAGUCAUUGUAAGCCGGAGUUCAAGGACGAGGACGAGUUGUCUGAUGACGGAGACAGUGACUACCGGCAUGACAGGACGGUCGGCAAAGGUUAAAGGUCGCAGGGACAACGGGUACAUCAGAUACCGGACUGAUGGAUACAUGGCUAGGCUUUCUUAGAUCGGAGAAAGUCUAGGUACAGGUCAAAGGGCAUCGCAUCAUGAUGGAAGAAUUGCGUGAGGCGAAAUGAUUAAUCUCACGAGGCGAGCACAGCAUCACUGCACGACAUUCUUCGCCCUCUAGUCGACUGCUCUGUUUUCGUACUGUGUGGUUAGUAGGGCGUGAGACUCUGACAACAUCAAACUGUGCUGCCAGACUUCACGUGAUAUUUCCUCUUCACUUCACUGUGGGUAAAAUCACGUGAUAUAUGACUGCCAGAGAGACAGACAUCAAUACAUGGACCUACGAGUCUCUUACAAACGGCUUGUCAUGUUUGUGCACGAUGGGAAAAAAUAAACCUUCAGGUCACUGCUCUAGAAUGUUCGUUAGAGGAACAGAGAUGAAUGGGUGCGUAUGACCAGACAGCCAGUCACCGAUGCUCUUUGUGAAACGUCUGAAAGAAAACGAAAUUCUCCCCUGUCCCCUUUCCAAACACCUCUUUGAAAGUUAAAACACCAAGUCAAUACGUUGAACAAAUAAAUAAUUAGAAAUAAUCCUAGAAAUAAUAACAGUUCUGCUAUGGAGAAGAUUCUGUCGUUUCGCCUCAAGUUGAAACUUGAAGUUAGAGGGACCGAAUGAACUCAGAAAUUGACCACGUUUUUCUUUGGAGUGCUGUUGGGAGAAGGUUUGAUCACGCUAGAUGGUCGGGAGUGAGAAAACGGGUUCUAUCAAGAUGAAUCUUCACUGCUGUGAAAUUAGGCCGAGGAGAACUCUUGCUUGUUUUGAUGAAAAGAGGAGCAAAAUGCCGAACUUGCAUUGUUGCCGCUGCCAGGUCCUCUAUACCCAGUGCACACUGUCUGUCGAAUUCAUCAAAAUUGAUUCAGUUGGGGCCUGCCAGCUUCUUCUUCAAGGCUUCAUCUUUGGCACUGCACAGCUCAACCAAUUUCAACUAAAUUCGACUGCGACGUUCAAACACCAACUUAAAUACGUUUUCUUGAUGUUGUUGUUGUAGUUGUUGCUGUAGUUGUUGUUGUUGUUGCUGUUGUUGUUGUUGUUGUUGUUGUUGUUGUUGUUGUUGUUGUUGUUGUUUGUUAACAAUGUAGGGAGUUGAAUCGAUCAUAUAUUAUUGUGCCAAAAUGGUAGCUAUUUUCCGUGGCAUAAAGGAAAAUUUAGUGGGCUUGAUUAAGUCAGAUUGAGCCAGGUGGCAGUCGGUGUGUACUGGGUAUUAAUCAACACUGACAUGGCUUCUGUGUGUGAAAGAGAUCUGAUUCAACAAGGAGUUUUGUGGCGUUUGCAGGCUCUGUGAAUGUGACAAACGUCCUCAGUGAAAAAAAAUAAACGGUGUGAUGUGCAUCCUGCCUAAAAACUUUAACGAGAAUUAUGUGCUGUUGAUGUAAAUGAACAGUUAUUUUGUCUAUGUCUGUAUUUCAUGCUUAUGAAACAUUUUGAAACUCGAUGCGUCAUACGUGAUAUGAAAACUACAUGAUUUAUAAUAUGUCAGUUUAUUGAACAAAUUGUAUGUCAUCAAUAUUCAUGUAAUAUCUAAUUCAUGUUCAGAUGUAAACACAGUCAAAAUUGUUGUCCAAGAUAGCGACUCUCUGUUGAGAAGCAAAGUGGUUGUUUUAUACAGUUGGACGUACAAGAAAGUGUUAUUAUGGUGUAGAAAAAUCACAAGAAUGAGAGGGUGAGAUGAUAAGUGGUCCUUUGUGCAGGUGAUUGUCUUGGACAAAUGGCCGUUAGAAAAGGCGACGUUCAACUAUACAUACAUAAAUACAUGUGUAUUAGAGACACAAUGUGCGCUAUGACUGUUCAGUUUUUCAAUUGUGUAGUGUACACAGCAAGAAAACUAAUCAAAAGUCACAGAGACAUGAGUUUACGUGUGUCAGCUCGCAUCAGAGCAUACACACAUUGUCAUGCCUAUACAUAUACAUGAAAAAUGUUGUUAAAGACAAAAGUUAUUUCAAAAAAGGUCUAAAAGGAAAAUAAAUCAAACUGAGCAGCUUGGCUUGCCCAAAGUUAGAAAAUAAAAUUAGCAUUAGCACGACCCAUUUUUAAACCGACACACACGCAGUCGUCAGCUUUUUGAUGGAAUACAUUUAAAACAUAAUUCACAACUAACUGUGUUUUGACUAAUGAGUUGGAAGAUUUUUUUAAAAUGAGGGUUUAUAUCGUGUAAAAUGUUUAUACUGCAUACAUUCACGUGGUUUCUACACGUAUUCUUAUUACGAAUAUGGCUGGCGGCAUGUUGUUUUCAAGUCUACACCCAGUAUACAAAAGUUUUGCGGAUAGAGGGGGAAACAAAACUAUUUCAAGUGUUUCGCAAAUUCAACCAGCGCUGUGUAUCUUUUAUUUGACUUUUGUUUUCCACAUUUACAAUUUGAGUUUCGAUCUAAACAUUUUUACGUGUUAUACAUAGAAAAGAUACCGAGGAGUAAUAUUCUG